AUGCUCGCCGCCAGCAGCACCACCACUGCAGCGGCGGCGCAACGUUUCCAGCUGCCCGCCAACUGGAGCUACAAGCUCAUCACCGUUAUGAUCAGUCGCGGUGACCGGGCCAGGUUAGCCGUGAGGGCAGACGACUCGUCAAUCGCCGGCUUCGCGAACGGGAAGAACAACUGGUUCGCCAUACAAGGAAGCGAGGACCUCCUGGAGUCCUUCCGGAACAGGUACGGCGGCGGCGACGACAUCCCCAGCCACGGCCUUGUCAAUCUGCUGGGUGCGCUGGUGAAGAAGAAUGCCACAUCGUAG